AAUCCACUUCCGUUGAGCGCUGUCAAACGACCAUCUUUCUUUUUUGAUUCGUACUGUGCAAGAAAAGCGAAAUGCAGUUGCAUAUUCGAGGAUUGAAUACUCACGUCCUGGACGUGCAGCCCCAGGAAACAAUCAGCGAUAUCAAGAGCAAAAUCGCUGCACUAGAAAACAUUAACGAUGCCGACCAGUUGGUGCUGUCCUGCGAAGGAACCAUCCUGGCUAGCGAUUCCGCCGUUGCCAGCCUAGCUUCGAUCGAACUGGACCUGACUGUUUCGUUGCUCGGUGGUAAAGUGCACGGUUCACUGGCCCGUGCCGGUAAGGUAAAGGGACAGACCCCGAAGGUCGAAAAGAAGGAAAAGAAAAAGAAGCGCACUGGCCGUGCCAAGCGCCGCAUUCAGUAUAACCGCAACUUCAGUAAUGCGGUACAGGCCUUCGGACGACGACGUGGACCGAACGCGAACUCGACGUAAACCAUGCGUGGCUGAGGCUGUUUUGUUUUAUGGUUGAGUUGGGCUAAUGUAAGCGCGGAUGGUCGCUUUCCUGUACGCAAGAAAAAAAAUGAAUUUCGAUUCUUUAAUUAUUAGGACCUAA